CCACAUAUGCCGUUUCCCUGAAGCCCGCCGACACCGAGGGACACUCUAUCUGGGUCUUCCCGUUUGACCUCCGGAGAAAGUCUGGGAAACGGGUUUAACUUUUCAACUAGAGGGGAAUUCCGCUGGCGCCCACACACGCUGCCCCGCGGGCGCGGCCUGCCCUGCCCCGGCGUGAAUCAGCCACCCCUGCGGGCUCGGCUACCGCGCUCCGCCCCGCCCCGUCCCGUCGGGGGUCUCAUAAAGCAGGCCCUCACCGCCCCGCGGGCAGUGCAGACACUGCGUGCCUGCUCCUUCCCUACGCCUUCUGACGACACCCGCCCUCGAGGGUCCCACACCAUCCCCCGGCAGCAUGAGCCCAGCGCGUCCCCUGUGGCUCCUGCCGCUGCUCGUGCUGGUGACCGCGCUGGACGAGGCUGCCCAGGCACCCAGAGGGAACGAGGCGGAGAUCUGCCUCCUGCCCCCGAAGGUCGGGCGCUGCCGAGCGCGCAUUCCCCGCUACUACUACGACAGACGCACGCAGAACUGCAACCUCUUCUAUUACGGGGGCUGCGACGGCAAUGCCAACAACUUCAACUCGUGGGAGGAAUGCCAUGAGGCCUGCUGGAUGAUCGAGAAAGUUCCCAAAAUUUGCCGCUUGGAAAUCAAGAAAGACUAUUGUCACGGAUCUGUGGGACGGUAUUACUUCAAUCUAAGUUCCAUGACAUGCGAAAAAUUUCCAACUUCUGGCUACGGCUGUAAUAAGAACCGGUUCCCAGACAAAGCCACUUGUAUGGGCUACUGUGCGCCAAAGAAAAGCCCCUCAUAUUGCUACAGUCCGAAAGAUGAGGGACUGUGCUCUGCCAACGUGACCCGCUACUAUUUUAACCCUCAGAAGAAGGGCUGUGACGUCUUCGCCUACACUGGCUGUGGAGGAAAUGAGAACAACUUUGUUAACCUGCAGGACUGCAGACAGGCUUGCAUGAGAGGUGGCUUCAAGAAGGAAAAGAAAAUCAAGACUCCAACUUAUCCCUUUGUCAAGAGACGCAUGGAAACUUGGAAGAAGAAAUUCUAGAAAUUUUCCUGUAUGUCAUCUUGCGAAUAUUUCUUUGCUUUUAUAGUUAUCCCUAAAAAAAUAAUAUAUAGCACAAGAAAAUGAAUCAUCAGUGAUUAAUUCACCAGUUUUUAUUGAUCUGUUACUCCUUUUAUGUAGUUUUCAUGCAUUAUGGGCCCAGCACGCUUCCGUAGAGCCACUCUGUUUCAGUUUUCAUACAUUAUGAGCUGUUAUUCGAAUGUGAACCCAUCAUUUCCACUUCACUAAUCACUUGUUUUUGAGACUGAAUUUUUAAAGUAUAUAAGAUACACAACCAGAUUCCAAUCAGUCAUUCCUGAGGUUGCUAUUUCUGAUUUCAGAAGAUAAUAAUAACUAAAAUAACGUAAUGCAGCAUAGUCAUGUAUGUUGAACAUAAAGAAGCAUAAAAAGACUGGCAAAUACAUUUCAUUUCAUCAUGUAUUUAAAGUUUGGAUUGUACUUGAGGCCCAAGGAAACAAACUGGCAGAUUCACCGACACUUUAAAAGACAUUUCAGUUGUAGAUGCUACUGACUAUAGACCCAGGAUUGCUGUGUCACAGCUCAGCAUGGGGAGUAAGGGAGUUUAUUUAACAGGCAAGCUGCAUCUUUGAGUUUAAAACAUCCUUGACUGAAUUUCACAAAGUCAGAAA